ACGCGCAUCGGACAGAUAAACCUGUGCAAGUCGUAGUCGUUGUACCUGAUCGUUGGCUGAUCGUUGGUCCUAUACUGUACGCAGUCUUGAUACAUAUCGCGUUUUGACAAGUGCACCGAGUGAUUUAAUCCGCCAUACAACGUUCUCGUCGCGACCUUGGCCUCUGACGUGUGCUUUUUCCGCCUAAUCAUCGCUUUGCUCGGGUUUGUUAGGUUCACGAGACAAUUUUGCGUCGCCGAUCAUUGCAUGUACACGGUGUCGCGAUGCAGCGCGCGACAAUUUAUUAAUCUACUGUGGAUUCCGUCAUGCGGUCAUGAACGUCGGCGAUUCUACCGAGCUUUGAGCCUGAACGAAAUCGGCCUAAGCCUCGCCUAAUCUCUUCGCCUAAGCUGAUCAUUAUGCCCGCGCCGAUCCGCGCGCGCCUGUUGCUAUUCCGCUGUGCUACGAGUGAUCCUGAGGCAAAAGGCACGCACGGUGCCUGCAUGCAUUCAGUUCGGAGCACGCCGAGUGUCAAUUAGCGAUGCCGGCGCGGGUGUUCUCGACCGCGCGUUGGAACGGACCGACACGUUAAUUUUAGCGUAAUGGAUCGAUCUAAGAGGAGGAGGAUGUGUUUUUAAAUAGCCCCCCGGCGAGAUCUAUCAGGCGCUUAUUUCGGAGAAUGCAACGAAGUCAGUUGAGGGAUAUUUCAUCCUGGAUGACGCGCCUAUUCCCGGAGCCUGGGGACGGAAAUAAUCGGAUGAUCGACGGAUUUAAAAUGUUUGGUUCGAAAAACAGUUCACCCACUAGCACGUUUUACACCGAUCUGGAUAUCACGGAGGACAAGCAGGAGUUCCAGCAGACAGACGAACAUUCCAAAGCGCCACGUUUAUCAGAGCAACAGAGCGCAACUAGCGAAAAUGAAAACUCACAAGAUUCGGACACGGCAACAGGUGCUGAGGAGCAACAAUAUGUUAGACAUUCCUUCCAUAGAAUCGCCAGUUUUGGCGGCUUCCCACGAUUUCAGCCAUUCGUUAUGUCCGCUUCCACGCCUGCCGAGUGCAUCGAUAUCAUGAGGCAUGAAGAAACUUCAACAGAAACGUCCUACAUUAAAAUGUCACAUAGCGUCCUAGAAUAUAGAAGCAGCAGCUACGUAGCCUCAGAGAGAAGGUCUCAUCAGUAUACAUUAGAUACGUACGCGGUAAGCGAAUCCGAAAGUGAAGAAGAAUCAGAAGAAACGAGAUCUUCAGAAACAGACUCUGCCAUUGUGGCGGAUCACACUGACGAAUCGAUUUCGGAGUCCAAACAGAUAGUAAAGAAAAGUUCCUCUGACUCGAAGAGGAAAAAGGCGUUACAUGUAGCGCGGGAGUUACUAGCGACUGAGAAGAAUUAUGUAAACAUUUUGCAUCUGAUCGAUCAAGUAUUUCAAUUCAGGGUCGAUCAGGAAAAUAGAGCACAUCCAAUGUUCCCUCCAGAGACUGUUCAGCACAUGUUCUCAAAUAUUAAAUCUAUCUACAAAUUUCACAACGACUUUCUAUUACCGCAACUCGAGGAAAGAAUGCAAUGCUGGGAUUCAAAUCCAAAAAUCGGUGAUAUAAUGAAGAACUUUGCGCCGUUCCUCAAGAUGUACACGGAAUAUGUGAAAAACUUCGAUUACGCUAUGAACCUGAUAAACACACUGCAAAACAAGGUUCCCAGAUUUGCAGCAAUUAUUAACGAAAUUCAGAAGCUCGAUGAAUGCGCUAAAUUGUCGCUAGCUCAUCACAUGUUGAGUCCAAUACAAAGGCUACCGCGAUACGAAUUGCUUCUCAAAGAUUACUUACGAAAUCUCACAGAAGACAAUCCGGAUUACGAAGAUACUCAAAAGGCUCUAGAAUUAGUUUCCAUCGCUGCAAAUCAUACAAAUGAAGCAAUGAAGAAAAUUGAUAAAUUUAAGAAACUGUUGGAAAUCCAAGAGAGUAUAUACGAUGCAACUGAUCUAGUCAGUGCAACACGCGAAUUAGUAAAAGAAGGACGUAUAGUGAAAAUCUCAGCGCGUAGUGGUGAUCAUCAGGAGAGGCAUUUGUUUUUGUUUAGUGAUUUAUUAUUACUCUGCUCAAUAAGACUGAUACCCGGUCCUAUGUAUCGACUAAGAGCCAAAUUUAUGGUAGAAAAUUUACAAGUAGUUGAAGGUGAUAACCUGGAAACGGCGAAUACUUUUUACAUAAGGGAUGAAAAUAAAAGCGUCGAAUUGUAUACACACGCCGCCGCGGAGAAAGCAGCAUGGUUAGACGCACUGUUUCAAACGAUGCAAGAGAUUAUGAGACGUAAAGCUAGCCUGAAAACCGGCAACGUUAAGACUUCCUUGGUUAAGGCUGAUGAUGUAACUAGAUGCAUGGUUUGCGAAGUUAUUUUUUCUGUGAUGAAACGAAAACACAAUUGCCGGGCUUGUGGAAUAGUGGUUUGUAGUAAAUGCUCAAAUCAGAAAUUAUUAUUUGAAGACAAUAAAAAUAUGAGAGUGUGCAGAUUAUGUCACGCCGCGCUCACUCAGCCACUGACCAAGUCACCGUCAUCACCCUCUGGACCAGUGCCAAGCUUACUGCAAGUAUCAGCGAGUGCGUCAUCAGUAUUAUCCGGAUAUCUGCUACUAAAAACGCAGGCCAGUAAACCUUGGACAAGACGAUGGUUUGCGUUGCAUGGCGACUUCGUUCUAUAUUCCUUCAAAUCGGAGUCUGAGAGCAUGGCAAUGACAGCGACACCCAUGCCGGGCUUUAUGGUUACCGAAGGUACAAAAUUACCCGAUGAAGACCCCCUAAACAUGAAAGAUCGGACAAGAGCGUUCAAGAUGCAUCAUUCUAGAAAAUAUUACUAUCUCCAAGCAUCUUCUCAAAAGGACAAAGAAAAGUGGAUGCACGCGUUGGAGUUGGCUACAAAAGCUGAACUACCUCAUUUUACGCAGGCGGAAAAUGAAAACGCACAAGAAAGUCAAUCGAUGAACGAUGUACAAUGAAUAUUCGUACCUUUUUAUCUACCAAACUAGCCAAUUUUAUACUAUCAUAUUAGAAGUGAAUGACAAGACAACACAAUGUAAGAUAAUCGUUAGUAGUUAAUUAGCUAUAUUUAAAAUGAUGUUAACUUAUGUUAUAUAUAUAUAUUGUUAUUAGUGUAUACUAUACAAAAGAGAAAUCGAGUCAAUAGCAGUUGCUGCCGAA